CCUGCACAUAAUGGAUAUGUCUGCAGUACAUGGGGCAAUAACUAUUUUAAGACCUUAGAUGGGGAUAUCUUCUACUUCCCUGGAGAAUGCAACUACUUGUUUUCUUCAAACUGCAAAAGUGUCACUGAGGACUUUAACAUCCAGAUCAGACACUCUGUUGUGAAAGGUCUUCCCACAGUUAGCCACAUUGGUAUGAAGAUUGAAGGGGUAUUUAUCGAAUUCACCGAAGGAACCAUUAAAUUCAAUGACAAUGUGGUGGAUCUGCCAUACAGUUUUUCAGGAAUUCAGAUUGAUAGAAGUGGACCAUACAUCAGAGUAAUUUCCAAAGUGGGCCUGGAAUUUAAGUGGAAUGAAGAUGACGCUCUAAUGUUGGAACUGGAUGAGAAAUAUCGCAACAAGACUUGUGGUCUAUGUGGGGACUUCAAUGGAAUUCCAACUUACAAUGAGUUCAUGUUUAACGAUGUUAAGUUGACUGAUAAUCAUUAUGGGAACAUGCAGAAGAUCAAUGGUCCUACUGAAACAUGUGCAGAUGUGCUUGAGGUUCCUGAGGAUAAGUGCACUGAUUUGAGCAGCAUUUGCCAGGCGAUCUUGAAAAGUGCAUCAUUUUUAUCAUGCAACCGUCUUGUAGAUCCUGCUCCAUACAUAGAUGUCUGUGUACAGGACCUAUCUUUACAAUGUAGUUACAACAUGCAGUACAGAGAAUGUGGAGCAGCUUGUCCAGACACCUGCAGCAAUCCUGACCGCUCAUUAUCCUGUGACAGACACUGUACAGACGGUUGCUUUUGUCCAGCAGGAACUGUGUGGGAUGACAUUAACAACUCAGGGUGCAUUCCCAGCUACCAGUGCUCCUGUGCUUAUAAUGGAAACAUAUAUAGCUCUGGAAGUUCCUAUUUUGCACAGUGUCAGUCAUGCACAUGUUUUAGAGGAAAAUGGAAAUGUGUUGAACGAGAUUGCUCUGGAUCAUGUUCAGUUAUUGGAGGAUCUCACAUCACCUCCUUUGAUGUCACUCGUUACAACUUUUUUGGUGAUUGCAGCUACGUCUUGACAAAGGCAUAUGACAACCAGUUCAGCGUCGUGGGAGAAUUGUCAAAGUGUGGACUUAAAAAUACUGAGACUUGUUUAAAAAGUAUUGUAAUCUAUUUAGAGUAUGGAAAUUACACCAUUAAAAUUCAAUCCACUGGCAGUGUAGAUGUGAACACAAUCUUCUCCCAGCUACCAGUCUCAUCAGCAAGUGUAACCAUCUUCAAGCCUUCAACCUUCUUCAUCAUUGUGGAAGCAGCUGCAGGACUUCAGGUGGAGAUACAGCUUGUCCCAGUAAUGCAAGUGUACAUUUAUUUACAGCCAAAGUGGAGGGCACGAGUGUCUGGACUCUGUGGCGAUUACAAUAGUAUUCAAAUGGAUGACUUCAAAGUACUUAGUGGAGUUAUUGAAGGGACGGCCUCCUCUUUUGGUAAUACCUGGAAGACCCAAGCAAGCUGCCCUAAUGCCUUAUCAUACUUUGAUGACCCUUGCUCACUCAGUGUUGAAAAUGCAAAUUAUGCUCAAUUCUGGUGCUCAAAGUUGACUGACCCUGCAGGACCUUUUACAGCAUGCCAUUAUAGAGUGGAUCCACUAAUAUACAAAACGAACUGUAUGUUUGACACUUGCAACUAUGGCAACAGUCAAGACUACAUGUGUGCGGCUCUCUCAGCUUACGUACAUGCUUGUGCUAGAAUGGGAGUUCUCAUAACAGAAUGGAGAGAUACUUACUGCAAUUCAUACACCACCAACUGCCCAAGUACACUGAGUUACAGCUACAACAUAUCAACCUGCCAGCCUACCUGCCGCUCCCUCAGUGAGCCUGAUGUCACAUGUAAUAUCGACUUUGUGCCCGUUGAUGGCUGUGUCUGUACAAAUGGAACCUACCUUAAUGAGCAGGGUUUCUGUGUUCCUCAGGAAUCAUGUCCUUGCUAUUUCAGGGGCACUGUAGUGCCAUCAGGACAUACAAUUACUGAAUCUGGAGCCUUGUGUACCUGCAGCAUGGGGAAACUAGACUGCAUUGGAAAACCUGAUAUUAGGAAAGAGUGUAAAUACCCUCAGGUCUAUUUUGACUGCUCUAACAAAGCUGCUGGUACCACUGGCACAGAAUGUGAGAAGAGCUGUCAAACUCUUGAUAUGUACUGUUACAGUGCUCAUUGUGUGUCUGGCUGCAUGUGCCCUGAAGGAUUCGUAGCAAAUGGAACUGGCGGGUGCAUUCCAGAGUAUGAGUGCCCAUGCAUGCACAACAAUAACCUCUAUGAAGAUGGGUCUACAAUCAGAGUUUCAUGCAAAACCUGCACCUGUAAAAACAGAAUGUGGAAUUGCAAUGAUGAGACUUGUCUGGGAACCUGCGCUGUGUAUGGAGACGGCCACUAUUACACAUUCGACAGCAAGAGAUACAGUUUCAGUGGCGACUGUCAAUACGUCCUGGCUCAGGAUUAUUGUGCAAGUGAUCCCAAAAAAGGUACUUUCCGCAUCAUCACAGAAAACAUGCCAUGUGGUAGCACAGGAACCACUUGUUCCAAAUCUAUCCGGUUCUAUAUUGGAAAUAAUGUACUAGUACUUGCUGAAGGCAAAUUUGAAGUGCAGAAUGCAGAUUCUGGAAACUCUGUGCCAUACAAAGUGCACCAGAUGGGCAUCUUUUUGGUGAUCGAGACUCUGAAUGGAAUCGUUCUGGUGUGGGAUAAGAGAACAAGUAUUUAUAUUAAGCUCCACCCAGAUUUUCAGGGUAAAAUUUGUGGAUUAUGUGGAAACUAUGAUGGAAACGCUAUAAAUGACUACACCACCAGAAGUCUAUCAGUGGUUGCUGAUGUACUGGAAUUUGGAAACAGCUGGAAACAAUCCGCAAGUUGUCCUGCUCCUAAAGAUUUUGGAGAUUCGUGUGCAGCCCAUGCAUACAGGAAGCCAUGGGCAGAGAAAAAGUGCAGUGCUAUUAUUGGGUCCACCUUUGUGGCUUGCCAUGCUUUUGUAAGUUUGUGA